UUACUACUGAACCACAACAAAUUACAAUCGUACAAUUAUUUAACACUUUACUAGAAGUGGACCUUUUGGAAUUCUAGAAAAUUCAAUGUGGCAAGGUGAAUUUUACGACGCGGAAAAUCAAAGUCAACGUCAUUUCAACAGAAGAAAUCACAGGUCUCAAUAUACUGGCUUUAAUACACAUUGGAGUGUGGUGGAAAUCCUGGUGUUUGUGAUAGCAGUUUGGGGUUUAGCUGUGUGCAUAUUUUUCUUCUAUAUACUUUAUUCCGAAACCCGCCACCUUAGCCAGGCAAUACUCGGGCGGAAAAACAAAAAGUUGGAAGCAAACUACAAAGCAGAGGACGACUACUUUUAUCUCUUCGGUUGAGAAAAAUCAGAGCAUUUUAGUUGUCAACAUUUGAGGUUAUGUUCGGUUAUGUUCGCGUAUUGGAAUAGUUUUGUCGUUUUUAAAUUUAUCCUGAGAAGACAAAUGGAAAAUAAACAAUGAAAAAUAACAGUGCAUUAAGAAAUCAAAGUAGUUAAUUCGGUAUAAACCUCGAAUGAACAAAACAUAUGUAAUAGUGCUUUAUUUCCAUAACUUUGAAAGUGAAAUUGCUGAAAGAGAUGACAAGUUGUAAGAUGUUCCUGGGGGAUGUUUUAGGAGGUAGUGGGUUCCUUGGACAACAUGUCGUUCGGGAAUUGCAGGAAAGGGAUCCAAGGGUGACGGAGAUUCGGGUCUUGGACCUCAAGCCCUACAGGAAUUGUUUGGGACAUGACGUUAAAAAACCCAUCGUUAGCGUUGUGGCUGACGUCACGGAGAUAGAAACCUGCAGGACAGCGUUCCAGGAUGUAUCCUGCGUGAUCCACUGCGCUGCUUUCGUGUCCUACGACUUUCCUGCAGACACCGAUCGUCUACACAGGGUCAACGUCAUAGGUACCCAGAACGUGAUACGUCUGUGCCAGGAGAUGAACGUGCCCCGGCUGGUCUUCACGAGCACGUCUGAGGUGACGUUGGUGCCGUACUUCCAUCACGGUUUCUUCUCCGCCGUCGUCAACCAGACCGAGAACAAGGCUACGUGCCCCAAGGAUAUCUCCAGACUCGUCUUCUCCGCAUACGCAGGGUCCAAGCUGCAGGCGGAGCGGUUUGUGUGUGAAGCCAACGGGACCACUUUGAAGACAGGGGAAAAGCUGAGGACGGUGGCAUUGAGGCCAACCCUGCUGUACGGGGAGGAGGACCGUGGGUUCAUUCCCCUCAUAAUGAGGGUGGCAGACUACUGCGAGGGCAACUUUCCACGAGUGAGUGGCCCUGGGGGGAAACACCAGCUUUGCUACGCGGGGAACGCCGGCUGGGCUCACGUCUGCGCUAAGAACGCCCUCGCCGACAACCCGGAAGUGGCAGCCGGACUUCCGUUCUUCAUCACGGACGACUCUCCCAUCACCGACAUCACCAAGUUGUGCGUCCGCCUCACCCAGCCCCCGGGAGAACCCUCACCCUACAGCCACUCUUGGUGGUCACUUCCACCCUUCGUGACCUACACGCUGGCCGCCAUCCUGGAGCCCCUUCUGGGGUUCCUCCUGCCUGUCCUGGGCGCCGGCCCGCUCCCUCUCCCCCCGACCGCGGCCAUCACCUUCCUCGGGUCCAUCGUCCUGUACAACCGUCUCCGCGCGGACCUCCACCUCCACUACGCCCCCGUGUACGGCCACCAGGCGGCACACCUCAGGGCACUCAAGUACUACUCGGAGGAGGCCAAGAGGAGGUUUGUUCCAGAGGAGCGCGAGUGUGGGGGAGAACAGAGGAGUCAACAACUACAACAGCAGUUGUGUUAGAAUAAGUUAUUGGUUGUGUUGUGUAUAUUUUGUAACGUAAUGAGUUCAUUAAAAUCUUUAAACUUUAA